AUGGAGCUGCGCACAGUGAAGCGCCGUGGCAAUGUGAUGAUUAGGGCGCAAGUCACAUACAGGAAACCUGUGAGUGCAGCAGCUGCGGCGGAGACGCUGGAUGGCUCGGAGCUGGACGGCAGUAAGCUGGAUGUAAAGCAGCAUGUUCCGAAGCGCUUCCUUCAGGGAGAGCAAAAGGGUGGCUCGGGCACUCAGCCAAAUGAUGAUGCCACAGAAAACGAUGGUGAUGGCAAUGAUGAAGCGCACCAUGAUGAUCAGCAUGACGAGAACAAUGCUGGCGCAGGAGAUGGAGAGUCCUCUCCGGCUGACGGUGGCAACGCAACUAGUGGUACGCCUUUGAAAGCCAAAAGGUCCAAGCCAGGCGCUCCUCGCCGUCCCAAGUCGAAACCGGCGAAGGGCGAGCCCAGUGAGACAGUCUUGUACGUGUCGCACUUGGCGUACUCUGUGAACAACGACAAGCUGAUGGAGUUGUUCGCUCCCUAUAAUGUAAAGAGUGCGCAAGUUGUGUACAACCGCUUCCGACCGAGGCAGUCGCGUGGCUUUGCUUUCGUGGAUUUCCACUCCAAGCAGGACCAAGAAAAGGCCAUGGCUGAAAAGAACGGCACUGAGCUUAUGGGACGUACGCUCAACGUUUCGAUCGCCCUUCAGCAGCCAGAGAAUGACAACGAGAAUGGUGGCCAUAAUGGCCAGGAUCUAGAGCCGAGUCAGGAGCAGGACCAGAGUCAGGCUCAAGGUCAAAACCAAGAUGCGCCUCUGGAUGUCGACUAA